AUGGUACCCAGCAGCAGUGUUUGUCUUUUUCCCUGUCAGUUCCUGCGACACUUCCACACGCCGCUGCAGCCCUUUGCCGCAUUCCUCGGUGGCAUUUGUGCGCAAGAGGUCGUGAAGGUAGCGGGCAAAUUCACGCCCAUUCCCGGCUGGCUGCACUUCAACGCCGUGGAGGCCCAGCACUCACCCCUCUUUUUCCAGGCGCUCCCCGACUCCCCGCCGGCGGAUGCUGCGCCGCAGGGCAGCAGGUACGAUGCUCUGGCCGCCGUCUACGGCCACAGUUUCGUGAAGAAGCUGCAGAACCUGAAGUACUUCAUGGUUGGCUGUGGCGCACUUGGGUGCGAGUUCCUCAAGAACUUCGCACUGAACGGCGUUUGCUGCGGCCCUGACGGCCUGCUCACGGUCACAGAUGCAGACCGCAUCGAGCUCUCGAAUCUGACGCGCCAGUUCCUCUUCCGGGAGCACAACGUUGGACAGCCCAAGAGCAAGGCAGCAACGGCCAUGGCCCAGGUGAUGAACCCAGGCAUGAAGGUGCGGGCUCUCGAGAUGUUCGUCGGGCCGAAGACAGAGGAUAGCUUCAACGACGAGUUCUGGAUGUCCCUGGACGGAGUCUGCAAUGCGCUGGACAACAUGGAGGCCCGGUUUUAUGUGGACGAUCAGUGCGUCAAGUACGAGAAGCCUCUCUUGGAGAGCGGGACAAUGGGGCCGGCUGGCAACGUCGAUCCUGUGGUCCCCUUCAAGACGCAGACGUACAAGGAUGGUGGACAAGCUGAUGAGGGUGGAGGUAUCCCCAUGUGCACGUUGCGGAACUUCCCGCAUUUGCCCGACCACUGCAUCGAAUGGGCCAGAGACCAGUUUGAGCUCUUCUUCGUGAAGUCCGUGAAGCAGCUCAAGAAGUUCCACGAGGACCCGACGGCUUUCAUUUCGGAGAUUGGCACCAGCACAGAUGUGACCCAGUCCAUCUUCGAGGUUCGGGGCCUCCUGUCCCUGCUGACGGCCGCAGCAGCGCCCAGCGUUCGCAGCGCCGGCCAGAGCGCUUUCGACUUCUUCCACCUCCUCUUCCGGGAUAAGAUUCUGGAUCUCACUGCUGCCUUUCCGGCAACUGCCCGGAUCAUCGACCCGGAGACAAAGCAGGCGAUGAGCCACCUUGUUUUGGUGGGCAUG